CCCACCCCAGGCGAUCCUGCGAGGAGCGGCGGGAGGCCGGAGCCGGAGGUGCAAGAUGGACAAGAGGAACAAGGUGAAGGCAGGGGGCGCCACGCGGACACCAGCUGCUCGCCUUCCUGGACUUCCGACCCCCAGGCCUCCAGGCUCUCCUCGACCCCCUCCUCCAGUAACCCCCGCAGCCCUCCGAGUUCUGGGAGCUGCGGAAGCUGCGGGGCGAAGGCGUCUGGCAGAGCGAGCUGGGGGUACCGGCGGGGCCACUCUUCCCGAGUCUGCUCUCAGGGCAGGACCAACUCGGAGUGCUGGGACAAGUUCUCGGAACCCAGCCUCCAGACCCCCAGCCCCUGGGAGAGGCGAGCGUGUUCCUCCUGCCAAGAACACCAGCCCAGGUCCUGUUUCCAGCCUAGGGCGCGUCAGUGGGACCACCAGGCCAGGCCCUCUCGGCCAGAAGGGACUCCGGACCCCAGCGGAGGAAACUGUGGCCAGAGGAAAAGCUACGGAGGCUUCCAAAAGGAGUGCCCUGAGCGCUGGGGCACGGAGAGACACUUCUGGGCCUACCCCAGGAACCCCCUCCCCGGCCAUGGCCCGUCGGUCCCGGGCUGCGGGCACCGAGGUGGGGCUCCCCCGGCCAGCUCCGAGUGCCCGGCCGCGGCCCUCAAUAGAGGGCCCCCGGAAAUCAGUGAGCAGCGCCUCAGAGCACAGCACCACCGAGCCAAGCCCGGCUGCCAGGAGGCGGCCCAGCGCCGGUGGGGGUCUCCAGAGGCCGGCCUCGCACCCCCUGAGCUCCAGCACCACCCCUCUCUCCUCCCCAGCCCGUUCUGGGCCCUCAGCCCGCGGAACACCCAGGGCUCCUGCGCAUCCCUCGCAGCCCAAGUCGAAGGGGGUCCAGGCCCCACGUCACCCGCAGGCCACGCCCUCAAAGAAGGACUCAGCCCCAGCACUGGGCCCUUGUUCUUCCUCUCAUUUGGCCACACCCUCUCCACUGGGUACCAAAGCGAGACCCAUACCACCUCCCUGCAACGCAGCCACUCCCCUGCCAGCGACGUUCCCUCCCUCUCCACCGGUCACUCCCCCUCCGCCAGCCGCGCUCCAAAGUCAGGCCCUGCCCACCCCGCCGGCCACGUCCCAUCCGCAGAACCUUACCUAUCCGCUGGCCACGCCCCUUCCUCUAGCCCCUCCUUCUCCAUCUGCUCCACCCUCUCUACAGACCCUCCCCUCUCCACCAGCCACGCCCCCCUCGCAAGCUCCACCCACAAAGCCGGUUACAUCCUUUCCAGAAGCAGGCGUGUCUCCCCUGGCCACAGCCGCGUUUGUGGCUCCAUUCUCUCCGUCAGUUUCAUCCCCUCUGCAGAGUAUGCUCCCCACCCAGGCUAAUCCGGCGUUGCCCUCUCUUCCGAUUCUCCUCUCUCCCUUGGGCACACCUCCUCUGUUAGCCAUCUCUCCUCUACAAGGCCCUGUUUCUCCAGCAACAUCUCUGGGGAAUCCGGCCUCUAUCCUGGCCACAACCUCUCGUCCAGGCCUUUCUGCUCUGACCACGCCCUCUCCGCAGGCCAGUCCUUCCUCAUCCCCCCACCUUCCCCAGGCCACGCCCCACACUCUGGCCACUCUUCCUCCGCAGAACUCUCCACUUCUGGCCACAUUGCCUCUGCAGGCCUCUUCCUCUCCUCUGACCACAGUCUCUCUGCAGGAUCCUCCUCUAGUUUCUCCCUCUCUUUUGGCCCCACUGCCUCUGCCGUCCCCGCCCUCACCCCUGGCUCCGCCCCACCCACAGGCCCCACCGUCUCUGACCACGCCCCCUAUGCAGGCUCCGCCCUCUCUCCAGACCAUUCACCCAAUACAGGUUCCACAUUCGCUGACCUCACCGUCUCUGCAGGCACCUUCCUCUCCAGGUUUGUCCUCUCUGCAGGCCACAACUUCUUUAGGCUCACCCCGUCUGCAGGCCACACCUUUCCUGAUGAUAUCCCCUAGUCAAACACAAUCUUCUUUGACUUCGCCUCCUCGGCUGGCCUCUACUCUUCCUGCUUCACCCCCUCUGCAGGCUCCAUCUUCUCUGGCCUCCCACCCUCCUCAGGCACCUCCCUCUUCCCUGAUCACGCCCAUUAUGGAGACCCAAUCUUCCCUAGCCCUGCCAUCUCUGCAGGCACCUCCUGCUUCCCUGACCACGCCACCACUGGAGAACCCACCUUCUCUAGCCCCGCCCUCUCUGCAGACAGCUUCUUCUUCCCUGUCCACACUCCAUCUGGAGACUCCACCUUGUCCAGCUCUGCAAGCAACACUUUCCCCAUUGACCACGCCCCCUCCGGAGACCCCAUCUUCCGUAGCCCCGCCUCCUCCACAAGCCCCACCUGCUCUAGUCUCACCCCCUUUGGAGGGCCUGCCCUCUCCCCCUCUGUCCCCUUUGGCCACGCCCCCUCCACAGGCCCCACCUGCCCUGGCCUUGCCUCCUCUGCAGACCUCUCCCUCUCCCCCUGCUUCACCUCCUCUGUCUCCCUUGGCCACACCCUCUCCACAGGUCCCAACUUCUCUGGCCACGUUCCUUCUGCAGGCCCCUUCCUCUCUCCCUGUCUCACCCACAGUGUCUCCUUCGGCCAUGCCCCCUCCACAAACCCCACCCCCUCUGGCCGUACCUCUGCAGGCCCCACCCUCUCCCCCUGUGUCUCCCGCAAUGUCUCCUUUGGCCACGCCCCCUCGACAGGCCCUACCCACUCUGGCCGCACCUCCUCUGCAGAUCCUACCCUCUCCCCCUGCCUCACCUCCAAUGUCUGUUUUGGCUUCGUCUCCUCUGCAGGCUCCUCCCUCUCCCCUUACCUCACUCCCUGGGCAGGCCCCUUUCUCUUCCUCCGCCUCACCCCCGAUGUCUCCUUUGGCCACGCCUCCUCCACAGGCCCCACCCACUCUAGCCGCGCCCCUCCUGCAGGUCCCUCCCUCUCCGCCUGCCUCACCUACCUUGCAGGCUCCACGCCGUCCCCCAACCCCGGGUCCAGAUACCUCUGUCUCGGGUCCACGGCUGACCCUGGCGCUGGCCCCUGGCCCGCCGCCGCCUCCCUCGCGCAGCCCGUCCAGCACGCUGAGCGGCCCGGACCUUGCCGGUCACAGCAGCAGCGCCACGAGCACUCCGGAGGAGCUGCGUGGCUACGACAGCGGGCCCGAAGGCGGUGCCGCAGCCUCCCCGCCCCCCGACGCAGAGCUCGCCGCCUGCCAUCCGGCCUCCUGGAGCCGAGGCCCCGCUCCACCGCUGGCGCUACGCGGAGCCCCAGGUGCGCAGCUGCCGUGGCCUCCCGCUGCCGGACCAGGCUCUGCUGAGGGUCUGUGCACCAUCUACGAGACUGAAGGGCCUGAGUCGGCGACCCCCGCCCCAGGCGCCCUGGAUCCGGGGCCCGGGCCCGGGCCCAGCGCGGGCAGUGGGAAGGCGGCGGCAGGGGCCGAGGCGGCGGCGUCCUCCCGGAGCCCGAAGCAGGCGCGCCUGGGCGAGCUGCCACUGGGGGCGCUGCAGGCGAGCGUCGUGCAGCACCUGCUGAGCCGGACGCUGCUUCUGGCUGCGACCGAGGGUGCCGCUGGCGGCAGCGGCGGGGGCCCAGGAGGCGCGGGUGGUGGUGGCGUCACGGGGGGCGCCCGAGCUGCACUCAGCGACGCGGAACUCGGCCGCUGGGCAGAACUGCUGUCUCCCCUGGACGAGUCUCGUGCCAGCAUCACCUCGGUCACAAGCUUCUCUCCGGACGAUGUGGCCUCCCCGCAGGGUGACUGGACCGUGGUGGAGGUGGAGACCUUCCACUGAGCCACAGCCCCGCCUGCUACAUCCCACCCCUGCCUUAGGAUCUGCUCCUCCAGGUACGCCUGUUUGUCUUAGACCCCGCCUGCACUGCCCUGGAGAAACGCUCGGUGGAUCGGUCUCAGCUCCCUAGAGCCUGAGUCUUUCGGCCCAGGCUCCACUCCUGCGUUUGGCCUCGGAGGCUCGAGACCUACCCACAGCUUUGACCCAGACCCUCCCCUCGAGCUCCGCCCCUUUGGUCUAGGACACACCCCCUUCCCCCGAGCCCCGCCCCGUGUCCAGUGUAUUGCCCACCCCGCACAGCCUGAGUUUGCAAUAAAACUGGGACAUCAGGGCCUGCA